UAUAAUAGUGAUCAACGAGUGCUUUAAAUAAGAGAAAAAAAAUCUUAGCUUCUAAAGCCGCCUUUCUCUGGUGAUAUCAAUUUAGAUUACUGAGAUUUGCUUUGUUAUUGAUGUGAAAGGAAUUAACCCGCAGGAGAGUACAUCUGUUAGCGCUGAAGGCAUAGACAACAGGAGAGACCUGUGUAGAAACAAGGCGUCAACAGUUGUUUAGAUUUUAUGUUUCGGCCAGUGUUUGUGUAUAUAACUUUUGAUUAGAGAUUUCAUUCACUAGUGUGUUAUACACUCUUUAAAGGAUUUCAAACACUUACGGAUAUAUGAAUGGAUCGAAAUGUGGCACGGAAAUAAACACUAAGGUUACCAUGACGACUGGCUGAUGACUACGUCAUGAUGACGUCGCGGACCUGUGCCUGGCCUCAACUCUCAACAUGGCCUUUUUGUUGAAAAAGGUUAUAAAGCCGUGGAACACAACCAAGUCCUCCAGUAACUUGACCGUCCCAGAGCAACCUAUGUGUCCACCAUCGCCGGACCUGUCUCACUUGACAUCGGAGGAGAUCAGUGCCAUCCAUGAGGUCAUCAGGAGACAGGAGGAGUUUGACAAGCAGGAGGCAGACAGAGUCAGGAGGUUGAAAGAAGAAUUAGACGGCCUACAGCAGCAGCUGGCUCUCAAAUCUAUCGCCCGAACGCAGAACAAGAAACUGGUAGAUCUACGCCUCUGCCGUCUGUGCUUUAAGACCAAGUUUGCCGACGGAGUGGGGCGAGUCUGUUCUGAUUGUCAGCAAAGGGUGUGCCCGCAAUGUGGGGCGUUCUGCAAACCGAGAUCCACCUCAAAGAGAAAGAGUAUGAGGGGCAGGUGGCGCUGUAAGCUAUGCAUAGCAAGGCGAGAGAUGUUGUGCCGGACAGGGAAGUGGUACCACGGUACGCCGGACCCUGCAGAAGGCGUCAAAAAAAAGCUGUCCGUCGUCUGCGACCUUGAUGGCGAGACAGACGCCGGAAGUAGCACCUGCCAUGUAAAUCUUGAAGACAGUGAAGCUUGUCCAUCUGGGAAUCGAACGGAUUCGGAAUUGGUUCGGAGAGUUGAAGGAAAGCCGGCUUCCAAGAAUGCCCCGUCUGGGAAGAAAUACAACCGAAGGCGGUCGCUGCCUCCAGAGUCGGCGACAAAGGAUAACCACAGUGCUGAACGUUCCGACGAUGACGAUGACGAUUUCAGGGACAGCCUGGACAGCUUGAUACUGGAGCGCCGUUUGUCUCGAAGGCGGAGGCAGGAGAAGAAACAGAGGCGGAGAAUUCGUGCUGGGCAAGAUCAGAGAAGCUCAGAGUCCCUCUCUGAUAGACCCAGGUCCCUGUACGCUGAGGGCAGAGCAACAUCUUCCGACAGAACUCCAUCGCUUGUAAAGAGUGGUGAAAGGCGGGACAGUGUCACCAGGUCACUCUGGGGCCACAGUAACUCUUUGAAUUCUUGUAAGUCCGGUGCAAGAAAGCCUGUCAGCUUGCAAGAGAGCAGGCAAGAUAACUCUGGUGGCUCUUCCACGUCAAUAAGCAGCGUCUUCUCGUCCUUUAGAGACAGCAGUAUGUCGGAUGGUUUUAACGGAUUGUCCCCAGUUGUGUCCCCUCCCUCACUCAAAAUCAUCCGCCAGGACGCUCUAAGUUUAAACAGCAGCUGUGUCAGCAUUACGUCAGCCAGUGAACCAGGAAGACGAAGCUAUGCAGGCUCUUCAGAUCCCAUCAGCACAAGGUCCCGGGAAUCCUUCCAUUCAAUCCAGCAUCAAAAGGUUUCUGGCGGGAAAUACGAAGAGCGUCUGUCCCCCAAAGCGUUGGGAGAAAGAUCAGAGCAGAAAUGGCGCCAGGCUGGAUUUACAAAUGUUUAUCUUGUUUCUUUGCAAUGUACACAAUCGAAAGAACAUCCUUAUGGAGUGAAAGUUGCUGGCGGCGUGCAAGAUGACUUCAAGAUCUCUACAGCCCAGGUCAAGUGGGUCUCUCCAGAAGUCCGAAGUAAAAUAAGCGUUGGUCACGAGGUUCUGGAGUGGAACGGAGAGACGUUAAGAGGCCAAACAUUCGAUUACGUCACUUCCGUCAUGACCUUUGUCUACCCACAGGUGAUUGUGAUAGCCACACCUCCAAAAGAAAAGCCAGACAGCCAGAUGAUCUGUGACACUCCAAUAGUCAUUACACAAGACAGACCUCCUAGCAACAGUCCAGAGUUACCUGGGAAGGGGGGAAAGAGGCGGAUGUUGCCAAGGACGCCUGUGGAAAUUAAGCGAGGGACAAGACAAAUUAAAGGAGAUUUAAAGCUACGUCUUCAUUACCAGCCACAUAUAGCAACCCUUGCUGUCAGUGUACUAAGUGUCAGGAAUAUAACUUCACCAAGCAAACCAGAAAGCAGCAGAUCGACUUGUUUUGUUGUCAUCAGCAUUGUACCAGGGAGGAGGGACAAUUUUGAAAUUGAGAUGCAGACAUCUGACUCUUACCCGGAAUGGGAGCAGACAUUUCUAUUUGAUGGAGUCACAUUAUCAGAGCUAGUCACUAAGGCCUUACAAAUGACAGUCUGGUGCUAUGAGGAGAAAUGUGAUCAGUUUGUUGGGGAAGUUUUGUUGGACCUGGUGCAAGCACAGCUAGAUAACCAGGCUCAAUGGUAUAAUUUAGAAGAACAUGAUGAGAAUAGUGCCCCUUUGUCCCAUCGUAGAAGUAGCCACUCCGCCAGUCUGUCGGCAAGUUUGACCAGUGGUUCUUUCAAAGAUUCUUCCUUGUUCAGCCCAGCAGUCUCCCCAGAAGUGCCUUUACAAAGACAGCACCAACAUUCGCCUUCAUCUGUUGGCUCUACAAAUGUUUCCCCUGUGCCUUCUGGAACUUCUCAUGUUGGGUCAAGGGAGUUCCAUUUAAAUAGUGUUUCACAACCAGACAGUUUUACCACUAAAGUCAGGAAAAAGAUGAGGACUACGGUGAAUAAAAUGGCUUCCUUGUCUCUUAUUGAAAAGAAAGACAACGCAGGCUCAGAUGAAAGCAGCCAAAGUGACCUGAUCAGAAGAUCUUCUGAUAAAAGUGAUAAAGGCACACCUCUCUCAAGAAGUCCUAAUGCUAUGAAAAGACGUCAGAACUCUUCUCAACCAGAUCGCUGCAAGAUGGAAGCAUUCAGUUCUUUAUCCGUAUCAAGCGAUCAUAGCAUGGACCUAUUGGCUCCACCAUUACCUCCAAGUAGAACCAACAGCAGCUCAAGUUUCUUCCUUUCUGAUGAUGAAGACACUCAUGGCAGUGUUUCUUCUGCUCCUCCUGACCGCCCCCCACAAGAUGGAGAGGACGCAAACUCAACCUUGGGUCCAGGUCAAAUUCCUCCAAAACUUUCUACUGAAAAGAUAGUUUGGGGUAAUAUCAAGUUAGGCUUUAUGGUGUCCAAAGGUCAGCUAGAAGUGGACAUUAUCUGUGCAGUUGGACUGAAUAAAUCAGGUUCAUCACAACCACCAGAUACUUACGUGAAAACAUACUUAGUGGAAGGUAAGAAAGUCAUUCAAAGAAAGAAAACUUUGGUAGUGAAGGGCUCCUUUGAUCCUGUGUACCGGAAGAAGGUCAAGUACUCAGCUUGCAAUGUCCAUGGAAGGAUUAUGAAGAUUGACAUUUGGGAGAGGACCAGCAGUUUUGAAAAAAAGAGCUGUCGCGGAGAGGUUUUAGUACGUCUUGAUGGCCUUGACCUUUCUAAACAUACAGUAGCAUGGUAUAAAUUAUUUCAAAUGAAUUCGACUGAUUAUGGUUCAGACGAAUUUCUCAGCUCAUGGUGACAAUACUCAGGAAUAUGAAAGAUAAAUUUUAAAAGAAUAAAAAAAAAUAUUUCUUUCUUUUUUUAUUUUUUUUUGGGUGACUAAAGGAUAUCAUUUUCAUUUAUCACUUCUAAUUUUCUUAGUCUUUUUAAAAAAUUAAUUCCAAUUAAUUAAACUUUUUUUUUUCAUAUUUCCAUUUUUAAAAGCCUGUCUGCGAAAGAGUUAGUUCAUUGUCCUUCAGUUGUUACUCCACAGAUUUUAUUUAUUUGGCUCUUUAACAGUUUCAUUAUUGGCUCUAUUUUCCUCCCAUCUAUUCUGUUGUAAAAAAAAUAUAAAUUUUCUAGUACAUAUAAUUAUUUCAUUAAUGCUGCAAAUUAUAUAUAGGCUAUUAUAUGUCCUGUAUUUCCCCAUACUUUUAAACUCAAAACACAAAGCCUUAUUAAUGAAGUUUCAUCUCAAGAAACUUAUCCUUAACUUGUAUAUUGUAUGAUAAUAUAUAUGAUUUUAAAAAAUUAAGUUGAACUUAAUCCUAGAGAUGUAUAUUGUAUGAUAAUAUAUACGAUUUUAAAAAAAUUUGGUUUAAUUUGUUUUUUUCCGAAACAAUCUUAGUUUUUAUUAUCCUUGUGAAAACAGUCACCAAUAUUAUAUUUAUAUAAAGCAGUAGCAUUGGAUGUUGUUGUGUUUUACAUACACACUUUUUAUUUGUAUGGUUUAAAUAUUUUCUGAGGUGGUUUCCUUGACAUUUUGUAAUGUCUGUUUAGAACUUUCAUAUAUUGUAACUCUUUCUUAUUUGAUCUUUCAUUUUGAUUCCAACUUUUUUUUGUGUGUGAAAUACUGAUGGUAUGAAGAUUCAAUCAAUUUGCUAAUUAUGUUUUAAUUUGCUAAUUAGGUUUUCAGUGUUAUUUUAAAUGAUUAUAUAAUAACAAAUCGUCCCAUUGAAUUUCUUAGUUAAUUUAGUGUAUCGAAGUAAAUUUAUGUCACACUUAUUUAUUAUGUGGACAGACAUAGUGCCAGUCAAUCAUUUUGACCUUUUUGUUCUGUGAUGCAAUUAACUUUUAGGCUCCAUUAACAUGCACUCACGUCUUCUUUAGAAAUGGCACGAAUGACAUUGUUAAGAUAAAUAUCAUGAAGUCUACUAAUUUUGCUCAUUUCUAAUGGUCCAAUAGUGCUUUAAUCAUCAAAGAUGCCUUAUUCUAAACCAUGUGAAGAUUUAAAUUAAUUUUGUUCUAAGUCAGUUAAUGACAUGUAUAUCUCCCCUUUAAAAAUUUCUAAUUGCUUAACUCUUUCUCUCCAAAGUGAUGAUACCAACAUUGAUUUUUCCCCAUUAAAUUAAAUUAAAUUUUGGCUUUAUUACCUUUAAUUUGUGUAAAUAUAAAAAGGGCAUGCAUUCUUUUAUAAUUAUAUACCUAAUAUAACAUUUUCUGAAUACAUAACAGACAAAAAAGUGAUUGAAGUUUAAUCAUAACAGGGUAGUGAAACACAAAUCAGCUAAAUAGAUAAUUCCUUCAGAAUGUGGAAAAUAAUUACGGAGAGAAGAGUUAAAACCGAUUGUUAUUGAUAUCAAAUUUAUUGAAAUGUAAUAUUUGAAUUUAUUUUGUAAUUCUUAUAUAAUACAGAAUUCAUUUUCGUGAUAUGUUUAUGUUGAUACUUAGAUAUUUUUAAACAUGAAUAUAAAUGUGAAAAAAUUGAUUUGUUCUAAAUUGAAGUGUGACAAGAGUGAAGUCUUCUGUUGCUUGACUCAUUCCUGUCAACAUCCAAGGGAGCAUACGGCCCUAACUUUCUUCACCUGCUUGCAUGUCAUUCCCAUAUCCUCAGCUUCAAUGAUGACCAAACUCUUCCAGGUUUGCUUGGGUCUGCCCACUUUCCUUGCUGAUUCCAAUCAAGUGCCUACCUUGCAACAUUGGUAGUCGCAGGGUAUAUCCUAUCCAACUCCAUUUUCCCUUUUUAUCAUCAUGGGUUAUAAAUUUCUGCUUGGUUUUCUCCCACAAGUUGACAGUAGAUAUCCUUUUGGGCAACCUAAUUAUCCUUUUAGGCAACAUAAUUCCCAAUAUCCAGUGUCGGCAACUCUUCGUGAUAGUCUUGAAUUUUUCCAUAUUUGUUUUACACGACUCUCCAUUUCUCUGAACCACAGAGAACUUAACAUUUGUGUUCAAAAUGUGGAUCUUGUCCUGUAGAGACGGUGCUUUAGAGUGCCAGAUUGACAAAUGUAGAUUUAUUAAUGUGAUUUCAUAUGAUGUCAUCAGUUCUGUCUUUGAUAACACUACUACCCAGAUUGGUGAAAUAGUCCUUAUAAAGGAUGUUCUCCCCCUGUAAUAUGAUUGGGCUCUCUGUUCUGAAGCUUAUUCUACGUAGAUCUCUUUCUCAUUGAGGAAGUGCUGUAGAAAAGCGUGAGCAAAUAAUGGGUGAAUCAUUGGCGACUGAGGCAACCACUGGUUUUUAAUACUGACAGAAUGCAAAGGAAUAAGUGAUAGCUUUGAUAACUCUGCAGUUCUUGGCACUUCCUGAAGGCUGAUGAUGUUUAGAGAAAUGUAGAUAAUCUCCAAGAAGAAUAACUUUUGAAGACGUCUGCCUACAGUAAAUUUUGUUAUUAUUUUGCUAAAUGGAGUUGCAAGUCUGAUAUGAAACUCAAAGUUCAUGUAAAGACUAUUUUUCUUGUUAAUUUUGAUUUAUAUUGCUACUACAGCGAUUGGACUCUACGAUGUCCUGCUAAUUAUUGUAAAAAAAUCAUAAACCAAAACUCUAUGGCCAUAUCACAAGGUCUUAGGGGCUUGCAAAGACCUUCCUUCAGAGAAAAGUACCAGGAAAAAGAAGAGGAAGCAGAUAGAGACAGCUAUGGGAAGACAUUAUAAAAGAAACGAUAGGCUUGCCAUUGAAAGGGUUUCUAUCCAAGGCAAAAGAUAGAGAGGAAUGGAGAAAGUCGAAAAAUCUUGUGUGAUGCCACAAGGGUCCAACAGAAGGUCAUUACCAAUGUCUAUCCAUAAUACAAGUUCACGUUUUUAGACUGUCUAACAAAGCAAGUGUUUAAUGAGCUGAAUAAUAGUCUAGCAGUUUAGAAUUGUUAUUUCUGACCAAACCUUUGAUAGUCUCUUUUCUGAAUCUCCUACUGCCAGAGUUAUAAAUGGAGGAUAUACUUUUUUCUUUAAUAAUACUGGUAAUCAUUGUGAUUGUAAGUCAAUUAUUUUUAUUUUAAAGAAAAUUAUGAAAUCAUUAAUUGCAAGAACUUAUGCAGGAGAUCAUUUAUAUUUAUCUGAUUAUUAUUUUCUUGCAGCACCGAAAUUUUUGGUAUUUAGCAUUUCGUAAUUUUUAAUAUAGACUAUGUACUAAACAUGUCCUUUUAUUGUAUGUCGCCCAAACAUUCAAUUUUUAUUAAGGUAUUAAUUCAUUUGUUAUGUAACAUUCCAAAGUAUGGAUGAGUUUAACUUUAUUCAAGAAGAUAUCUUUAAGAAACAAAUAUAUUAAAGUGCAAUUUAAUUCUUAAAAAAUAAUGAUUUAUUUUGUGACUUUAAAAAUGUCUAUUUAUUCCCAGUGUUUUUAGUAUUCUCACUAAAACUGUAUUAAUGCAGUAGUAAAUUUAAAUUAUUACUGAUAUAAAAUAUCUGAAUUAUUCAAACAGAGUGCCACCUAUGUGAGUUCCUAUUUCUGAAAUAAUCACACAACUUAUUUACUUGAAGAAACAUUUUCUCUCCGAAUCAAAUUUUUAUUGUGAGAUUUGUCCAUUUAUUGAUAAGAUUUCUUACAUAAUGAACUGGAGAUAUGGUUAUAACUGUAUAAUGUGGUCAUUCAACAAUCAUGAUUAUUACCUAUUCUGAUUAAAUGCAUUAAUGUUUGCCUGA